AUGACACGAAGGCGCCGGCAGCGGGCAGGCACGUGGGGGACGGCAGCCAAUGGCUGCGGCGCCCGCGGGGCUUCCCCGGCUCCUGUCGCUGAUACAGCGCCGCAUCGGGGGCAUUUAAACGCCGAGCGCUCCGACCGAGCGGCACCGCGGGGCAGGGAGGCGGUGGCCGUGGCCCCCAGGGGGUGGGGGGCGGGCCGGGCCGGGCAGGGCUGUACACACACACUCCCGCCGCGGCAGCCCCCUGGGUCUCGUCCGCCAGCUGAGAGAAGAAGGCAGGAGAGACCUGGAGGCUGCGCCCGGCCCGCGGAGCCCACCGGCCGUCCCCUCCAGGGCUCACCGGCCACCCUCUGGCCCUCAUCCCUGCUCCCCCCGCGCCUCCGCCGGGCUCACCCUUGCCAGCUUACGGAAGGAGGAGCCGGGGACAGGAGGACGAAUGAUUGGACGGGGGUCCGGGGACUCCGCAGCCCAUCUGCUGUGCUCCCGCAGCGCCGCUGCCGCCCGUCCGCCCUGGGACAGGGUGGGGGGACGGCUGUCUGGGGUGUCGCGGGUCGCAGUCCGAGAAGACGACCCGGGACAGGGGCAGAGGAGCGGAGGGAGGUGCAGAGCCCGCCGCCCCGGCCCCUUUGUCCCUGCGCUCCACCACCGGGGUCGGCGGUAGGGAGAGAUGGCAGAUGGCCAGUGGCAGAGGCGGCCCCAGGACCCUCGGGAACCGCUCUGAGCAUCGACUCCACCCAACACCGUGGGGAGCGCACCCAACCGUCUGCAGGCAGAAAGGACGAGACCAAAAGUCUUCAAAAGAAGUUCUGCGAAACGUCAGCCUCGGAGAAAGAUGGAUGGAAAGUCACAUCCCCUGACACUAGCCCCAGGAGGGGCUACCUCCUCUAUUUCUGCAGUGGCAGAGGAGUGAAAAUGCCGGUGAGGCUGCUCGCUUUCCGCAGGGACAUGGCUGGAACAGAGGGAAGGAGGAGAACUGAGGCCGAGGUUUCACCGCGCCCGCAGCCCAGCCAAGCUGUUGUUUUAAAAGAGCAAUAAAAGUGAAUUAUGACUAAA